UCAGUCUCAAUCAAGCAGUGCGCAAUAUUUUAGUAUAUUUUUUUUUUGGAUUUUUCUUGUUUGACUCCACGGUUACACUGCACACGUGUUCUGUCAAAACAAAAAAUAUGCGCAAAAAGCAAGCUGAUGAAAUACCCGGGUUUCCAUCGCUAGACAACGAUGGCGUUUCCGGCGGUAAGGGGGACGACAUACUCAGAACUAAGCCCAAGUCUAAGAAGAGCGGAGGCUUCCAGUCGAUGGGUCUGGGGUUCGAUUUGAUAAAAGGCAUAACUAAGCGCGGUUACAAGGUACCGACUCCCAUCCAGCGGAAGACGAUUCCCCUGAUCCUGGAGGGACGCGAUGUAGUGGCUAUGGCCAAGACGGGCUCCGGCAAGACGGCCUGCUUCUUGAUUCCGCUUUUUGAAAAGCUGCAGCGGCGGGAGCCCACAAAAGGAGCCCGCGCCCUGAUCUUAUCGCCCACGCGUGAGCUGGCUGUGCAAACGUACAAGUUUGUUAAGGAGCUUGGGCGCUUUAUGGAGCUUAAGACAAUUUUGGUGUUAGGUGGUGACUCCAUGGACUCGCAGUUCUCGGCUAUACACACAUGCCCCGACGUCAUUGUCGCCACGCCGGGCCGUUUCCUCCAUUUGUGCGUAGAAAUGGAUUUGAAGCUAAAUUCUAUAGAGUAUGUCGUGUUUGAUGAAGCUGAUCGACUGUUCGAGAUGGGCUUUGGCGAGCAGUUGAACGAAACACUGCACAGAUUGCCGUCCUCCCGGCAGAUGGUGAUGUUUUCGGCCACGCUGCCAAAGCUGUUGGUGGACUUUGCCCGUGCCGGAUUAAACGACCCUGUUCUUAUUCGCUUGGACGUCGAGUCAAAGCUCCCAGACGCGCUGGCUCUGAAGUUUCUUUACUGCCGGCCGGACGACCGCUACACAGCUCUCGUCGUUCUGCUGAAAUACGUAAUUCCUGUGGUGUCGCAGACCGUGGUGUUUGCUGGCACGCAGCAUCAUGUGGAACUGAUUUCAUACAUUCUCACUGAGGCUGGAAUUUCCAACACCUCGGUUUACUCCAGCUUAGAUCCGGCUGCUCGCAAAAUAAACACAGCCAAGUUUGUGAACAAAAAGGUUUCGGUGCUAAUUGUUACGGACGUGGCGGCGCGCGGAAUCGACAUACCCAGCUUAGACUUUGUGGUGAACCUGCAUUUUCCGGGUAAACCAAAGUUGUUUGUACACCGUGUCGGACGUUGUGCUCGAGCUGGGCGCACCGGUACCGCAUACUCGAUUUUUUCUACCGACGACACAGCCCACCUUCUGGAUCUUCACUUAUUCUUAAACAGGCCUUUCAAUAUCAAUGACAGCUCGGCAAUGGGAACCAUUCCGCAAGAUUUACUUGAGGAAGAGCACCUCACAGUGACUGAUAUCAAGAAGAGCCACCACAUUGCCGGAGUAUUGCGCACCAGCGAAAACGCUUACAAGAAAUACUUGAGUUCGCGACCAGUGGCAUCAACGGAUGCCAAUGCACGUGUGAAGAAAAUUAAGUUCUACGCGCUCAAGCCUUUGGAGGAUUUCUUUACAGCUGCGCCCGUUCUCUCCCAGGCUGCUGAAGUUAGCGGACAAUCGGAAGAGUCCCAGGCAAAGGUGGCUGCAGCAGAGCGCAAGUUGCAGAGCGAAAAGCACGAUAUACUGGUCAAAAUGCGCAGUUUCCGACCAGGUGGUACCGUUUUUGAACUUAACACCACGCAAAAGUCUACCCAAUUUAUCGUAAUGAAAGAGAAACGUUCCCAACACGCGGAAGUAAUUCAAAAGUUUAGGCAGCAGCGCGCAGACGAGGACAUCGACGAGGCUAAAAAAGAGGCAGAGACCCAAAGGACAAGUUCAGCAAGAAUCCCAACCGCCGACGAGGAAGCUAUCAGCAGUACAUUCAAUAAAGUCGUUGCACCCAAAAGGCUUCAAAACAUGGACGCUCUGUACAAGGAUAAGCCAAAGAAAAAGAAGCGCAAGAUAAACAGCAAGGACGACGAGCAUUAUGUGCCUUACCAGUCGGCCGACAAGCACACGGAGGAUGGUCUGGCUAUCAACACUUUCGAACGACAGGCGCAGAAUGCUGAGUUUUCUGUGUCGGAUCGCAACUCAUCCCAGGAGGUUAAACACAAGCCUGGGCUCAAGAAGUGGGACCGCAUUAAGAAGAAAAUGGUAUCAGUGCAGGAUCCUCGAGCCAACAAGAUUCGUACUGAGUCCGGUGCAUGGAUUCCCGCUUCCUUCAAAACGGGUCGUUACACCGAAUGGAAGGAGAAGUCCAAGAUCGAGGACCAGCUGCAGCGUGAAAACGCAGGCACCGAUGACGACAAUGCUAAGCCUCUGAGCCAUGCCCAACGAUAUCCAGUCAGCCGACAUGCUCGGCACAACGUGAAGCUUGAACUGAAAAAGCGUCUCAGCGGCAACGACAAGGAGAUGCGACGCCCUGAGCAGAUUGUGAAGUCCCGGAUGCGCCUGGAAUUCAUCAAGAAGCGCAACGAAGACAAUGCGGAGCGAAAGAACGAGAACCGCAAACGCAGCAUGCGAAAAGGGCAGCGUCCGAAAGCCCAAUCAACUGGUGGGUCCAGGAAAAGAAAAUAGGAGUUUGAACAAAGAGGCUUUCGGCUGUUCCGCCCUUUGAUGCGAGUGUGCUGAUUAACUGUGUUCCCCGUAUGAGACACUCAAAAUAUAUGUUCAUCAGAAGCUGCAUCGCAUCAGUGGGACUCGAUUGUCUUUGGAUUUCGAAAAGUGUUUUUAUAAAAAUACAUGAUGAAAUGUGUGAA